AUGUGUUUUUUUAUAAAGGCACUUUUAUUUUUAUUACCCUUUCUCAACCAAGCUUAAAGAUUAAAACUUUAAGGAUCGAAGCCGUUAUAUAUGAAUUGCAUAUAGAUAGAUGAAAGUUUUAAGAAUUAAAUAUAUUGUAGGAGAUAAUGGCUUUGUGGGAAGCUAGUACUUUUAUGAUUCCCUUUCAUAAUCUGGAAGUUCGGUAAAUCUUGAUAAGAUUACAUUUACCUUAUGGAUAAACGUAUAUUAAAAAUACAAAUUGAAUGGAAGGUAAAUUUUGUUUGGUUUUGUCGAUGGUAACACAAAUAAUCCUGUAAAGUUUUAACUCAUAUUAGUAUAUUAAUUUAAUGUUAUUUUACACAAUUUCAUCAGGAUCAUAUACUAUGACCUUAGUAAAUGAAAGAUUUUCUCCAGAGAUAAUUUAAUUACCACUAGCACAGUAUACAAUUUAUAUAUAUAUUUUUCAGGAAAAAUGAUCUUUUUAUUGGCAGUUGGUGUCAUAUAGUAUUAUCUAUAGAUUAGAGCACAAGCAAUGCGUUUAUUAAUUUGAAAUUUUUUUCUACAUAUGAUAAUUCACUGAAUUAGUAUCAAGACGUUCUAGUGAAUUAAAAGUAAAUAUUUUGGAAAUAAUUAGACUAAAGUAUCAAUUUGGAGUGCAUUCUAGAAUAACAAAUGAAUAAUUAUUUAAAUCCUCUACUGAUUACAAAGCAUGUGUAAAUAUUGCUAAUUUUUAUUAUAUCAACGGAUGGACAACAAUGGAUUCUGAAAUCUAUUUGGACUAUGAUUUAGAAUUGAAGUUCUUUCUUAAACCUUAUCAGCUAAAAGGUCUUAAUAUUAACGACUAAUUUAUGAACGUAGCUUUGAGAUCAUAUUCCAACCCUAUAUUUUAUAGUGAUUCUAUUGGAUUGCUGUUGUUUAAGAAUACACAGAUAGUGUAUACUUUUAUGGAAGAUCUAGGUUCCUUAACAAUGAUGUUUUGGAUUAAACCAUAAAAUAUCGUAUCCCUUUUUUAGUUUAUUUCUUUGACUGAUGAUGCUUUGUAGUAGACAAGCAUAGGAUUUGGAGUAAAUUUUGACUAUUAAUUAUAAUUUCAUUAAAAUUAUGGUAAGACCCCCUUAGGUUUACUAGCUGAUAAUACUUGGGCUCAUGUGACAGCAGGUGUUUUGGAGCUAAGUUAUAAUGCUGAUUUUAUUUCAACAAGUUAACUCAAGCUUUUAAGAGUUUUUAUUGAUAACACUGAGGUUGCAUUGAAAAAGAUAUACAGCGUAAUAGCAUACAAAAGAAUAAUAUUGGGACCAAUAUUUACUGAUGAUUUUGGAACAGAAAAGAUUGAUAUUCAAGACAUCAAAAUUUAUAAAGGCUUUGGUAUUUAAACAGGUCGAGGGGAUUGCUAAUUAUUUGUUGGUGCAUACUGUGCAUUCUGUGUACCUGAUACUCAUUAUUGCAAAGAGCAAGACCCAAAUGAUGAUAUAAAAAUUUAUAAUUGUCCAGCUGGUUAGAAAGAGACUUCGAAUGGCUGUUCCCCUAUAACAAUUUAGAAUUGUCUUAGACAGUCUGGAUCACAAUGUGCAAUUUGUGCAGAUAAUUAUUAUUUAUUGAACGGAAGUUGCAAUUAGAUAACUCAAUUAGUGUCCCCAUAUGAUUGCAAUGAUAAUAAUGCAAUAUUUUGCAGAAGAAUGAUUUAUAAAUAUAAUACAAAGUCUGGCUCCUAAUAAAGUAAACUUUGUCUACCAGAAUAUGGCUAGUAGUAUAGUUCAUCUACUUGCCAAAAAUCAUAACCAAAUUACUGCUACUAAGCUUAAUACUAUUAAAAAUGUUAUAAAUGUUCUUCUGGUGGGUAUUUAACAGAAUCUAAUACAUGUUAGUAGCCUUGUACACAAUUUUACAGAUUUUAAUAUAACAGAGUUUGCUUAAAAAAGUGUCCAAUUAAAUAUAACUAUAUAUACAACUGUAAUAUUGGAAAGUCACUCCCAACAUAUUCAUGUAGCAAUGUAACGAAAUGCGAUAAUAAUUAAAAAGAUCUCGGUUAUGUGUGUCUAAAUUAUUAAGAAAAUCAAGGUAUAUACUCAACCUGUUAAUAAUUUGGGAACACAUUCUAGAAUAUUUAGUAUCAAUAUUGUAACUCGCCUUGUAAAUAUUGUUUUGGUGGUGGUAGUAACCAAUGUUUAGGCUGUUAUAAUGAUUAAUUCUUUAGUCCUUAUGACACAAGAUGUGUGGAUGAUUGCAAUGAUCUUAGCCUAUUUAAAUACAAUAAUAGAAUUAAAAUGGUUUGUGAAGUAGAAUGUCCAACAGAUUUAUUAACAUAGGAUUUAGAAUGUGUAAAGGAGUGUAAAAAUGGUUAUGCUAUGUAUAAUAAUGCAAUAUGUAUACCAAAAACUAAAAUUACAGAUAAUUACCUCGUCAAUUACAAUUAAAAUAACUCACAAAAAACUAAAUUCGUUGAUUGUCCUCAAGUUUGCUAAACCUGCACAAGUUAAACAUACUGUACUAGUUGUCUAAAUAAUUAUAUUUUAACUUAAAAUAAAUGUCCUAUAACAUGCUAUCCACUAUAUCUCUAUAUUGAUGAAGAUGAUGUGAGUCAUUGCUUAGCUAGCUGCGACCCAACUGAUUUGGUAUAUGAUAAUUCUAAUAUUGACGGAUAUUCAAUUAGACAAUGCUUCAAACUUAGAUGUGGCUCUAUCUAACUUGGUAAGAAGUAAUAAACAUAUUUACAUUAAUCGAUACCUCUUACUUGUGUGUAUCCUUGUGAUGUUAAAUAUUAUCCUUAACAAAACACUUAUUAAUGCGCUAAAUGUGACCCAAUUUGUUUGUAUUGUUAAAACUCAGCCACUUUUUGCACUAAAUGCACUGCAGACAAAUUUCUUUAAGAUAAUAGUUGCUUUAGUACCUGCAAAUCUAAAUAUAAGAAUUAUGUCAACAAUCAAUGCGAAGGUACAUGUUCUUCCGGAUAUACAAUAAAUGACAAAGCUCCAGACGUUUAAGCAUGUGUUAAAUAAUGUGGGGAUAUAUUUUCUAUGUUCCGCUAUAUACUCAAUACUCAAUGCUACCAGGCUCCUCCUUCCAUUGGAGCAUUUUGCGUAGGUUUUUAGUGUUACAAUUGUUAUUAUUAAUGUAAGACUUGUUCUGGUCCCAAUAGUAAUUAGUGUCUAUCAUGUUAUGAUAAAACAUUUUUCUUAAAUAAUUAGUGUGUGUUAGAUUGUGGUACUAAGUUUUAUGAUUUGUAAAAUUGGAAAUGCGUUGAUGUUUGUCCAAGCAAUGUAUACACUACCUCUGGCUAUUAAUUUGUUAAUGCAGAUUAUAUACUUGUCACAUCCUGUUCCUCCACAUGCUUAUAUAAUUAGUUUUAAUAUUAGGGUUUAUGCACUGAUAUCUAACCAGAAGGAACUUACUACACACAGAAGACUAAUUAUAGAUUAUGUGAUAAAUGCACAGCAGUAUGUAAAACCUGUUUUGAUUCCUAUUCAACUACUUGUACGGAAUGUAAUCCAGGAUCUUAUUUAUACGAUACUACAUGCUCUACCGAAUGUCCUGAUGAUAGUCCAUAUAAAGAUACUCUUAACAAUUUGUGUGUUGUUACUUGCACGAGUUAUUAAGAAAAUGGAUAUUGCGUUGCUGGCUGUUCAGAUAAUUAUUACACAUAUGAUGCUAUGAAAUAAUGUUAUGAGUUAGGAUGUCCAGAAGGAACAUAUAAUCUAACUGCUACACUUUAGUGCUAUGCUUGUGCUCUUGGAUGUGCUACUUGUACAGAUGGAUCAUCUAGUUCUUGUAUCACUUGUAUAGAAGGAUAUUUUCUCCUAGGCACAUCAACAUGUACGAAUGUUUGUAAUGUGAGUCCUGAUCUUAUCUAAGAUUGGAUUAAUGGAAAAUGUGCUAAAUAAUGUCCAGCUGGAACUUACUUGUAAACCUUGGCAAGUGGGUAACUAGCAUGUAAAGACACUUGUCCUGUAUUUUAUUAUUCAAAUAUUUGUGUUGCAACGUGUCCUGCUCAAACUUAUGCUGAUGGAAAUGUUUGCACUCCAUGUGCUGGACCUUGCUCUGUCUGUUUUGGUGAAUUAGUUAACCAAUGCACAAAGUGUGACUCUGGAUAUUACUUGGCUGAUACUAGUUGUGUUGACGUCUGUCCAAAUACAAAACCUUAUGCAAAUUUAGCUAAUUCAACUUGUGUCUCAGCUUGCCCUGAUUACUUGUAUUUAGCCAAAAAGAUCUGUUUUAGCCCUUGUCCAGGUUUCUUAGCUAUUUAUGAAUUAAAUGGUAAAAAAGAAUGCGUAGAUUAAUGCUAUUCAAAAUCUUAUUUAUCUUCAGGACAUUGCUUACAAUGCAAUUCCAUUUGUAAAGAAUGCUAUGGACCGAUCAAUGGAAAUUGUUUAUAAUGUGAAGCACCUAAUUAUUUAUAUUAAUAAAAAUGUUCAACGGCUUGCCCAUCAUAAUUAUACACUGACUUAACAGAUAGAACUUGCAAAGAAUCUUGUCCAUCCACUACUGUCAUCUAAGGAUAGAAAUGUCAAACCUCAUGUGAUGCAACUUAUUUACAGUAUGGUUAAUUUUGUGUCACAACAUGUCCAGCAUUUACCUACAAAUCGAAUACAAAAUGUUUACUUUGCAACUCCCUUUGUAGGUCUUGCAGUGGACCUUUAAUAAGUACUUGUUCUUCUUGCAUUGAAAACUAUUUAUUAGAUGGUAAUACUUGCACAUAGACGUGCCCAAUCCUAUAUGAUUAUGAGGCUUAAAAAUGCGUAAGCACUUGCGGUACAAAGUUUGAAUUAACUGACUUGAAAAGUUGUGUGACAACAUGUCCAACAGGAUAUAUUAAAUGUAAUAAAAAAUGUUUGAAAACUCCACCCGAUGGGUAUUAUUCAGAUGGAGUAAGCUGUAUUUUAUGCAACAGCAAAUGUACAAAGUGCACAUCCUCAACUGUAUGCUAAGCAUGUACUAAAAACAACUUUCUAACUUUGUCAACCUGUGCCAAUUUUUGUACUAAUAAAUAUCUUUACAUGGAUUCAACAACAGGAACUUGCGUUACAAAAUGUCCACCUCAACUUUACCAUUAGGAAUCAUAUGAUAAAAGGAGUUGUGUUGAUGAUUGCGUCCUAGGCUAUAAGCUUAAUGAUUAAUGUGUUAGUUCUUGCCCAAAAGGAAUGUUCAUUCUGAAUAAUUUCUGUACAAAUUGCCCUUAGACAUGCGAAGAAUGCACUUCAGCUACAAAUUGCACUGUAUGUAUUAAAGAUCAUUUUUUGGAAAACGGGCUUUGCUAUUUAAGUUGUUUGGUUGGAAAAACAGAUUAUAAAAAUAAUUCAUGUGUCUCAUAAUGUGAUCCAUCAUUAUUUGAAUAUCAAAACUAAUGUGUAGUAAGUUGUCCCACAAAUCCAGUAUUUUAUUACCAUUCAAAUAUUUGUAUGGAUGCAUGCCCAGAUGGUACAUUCUAAAACAAAUAAGAAUGUCUGGAUUGCGAUGUGUCAUGCUUAUCAUGUAUUGGCCCAUCGAAUAAUGAUUGUCUAGUUUGCAAAGACACCUAUUACUUGCAUGACCAAUAAUGUAUUCUCACUUGUCCUUAUUUAUAUAAUGAAGUAGAUAGAACUUGUGUUCUUUCUUGUCCUCCAAAUCUUCUUUUGGAUGGAAAUAAGUGUGUUUUGAUUUGUAGUUAGUACAUGUACGCUAAUACUUGCUUAUCCAGCUGUCCUCCAGGAGCAUAUGAUUCAAAUUUCAUUUGUUUCGAUUGUUCAGAGAAUUGCAUUGAAUGUAAUACUUUUGGCUGCCUUAAAUGUGGCAAUGGAACAUUUUUAAAUGAUGGAAGUUGUAGUAAUUUUUGCCCAUACUAUUACAAUGUUAUCAAUUAUCAAUGUGAGUAAUAGUGCCCAGAAGGAACGUAUCUUUAUAUUGAUCAAUGCUAUGCAACCUGUCCAGCAAAUACAUAUACAUAUUUGUAAACAUGUCUUUUGGAGUGUCCUUUGAAAACUAUUUUACUAAAUUCUGUUUGUUACUAAUGCCCAGAGAGAUGUUCAGUUUGCAAAAGUUAAUAUGAAUGUGUGACUUGCGAUGCCCCUUAUUACUAAUAUAAAGGAGAAUGUGUUGUAGCUUGUCCAACAGUACUACCCUAUUAAAAUAAAAUUUAUUAUGUGUGUUAAUCGGAAUGUUCUCCGGAUACAUAUGAAAAAGGAUAUGACUGCAUUAAAGAAUGUGAUUUAAUCAUCUAUUAGAAUAAAUGUUUAACACAAUGUCCUUACGGAUAUUAUGGUAAUGCAAUAUGUAAGCCUUGCAAAUUGGAGUGCAAGGCUUGCAAUGACUUUAAUGUGUGUACAGAAUGUUCAGACAACUUUUACCUUGAGUUAAACUAAUGCGAAACUUAAUGUACGAAAAUCAAAGAUUUGAAAUAGAAGAAGUGCGUUGAUUCAUGCUCUUAACUAUUGUAUCAAAAUGUGUGCUAUGAAACUUGUCCUAUAAACACGUAUUAAUUUACAAAUACUUGUCUUCUAAAGUGCUUAGAUGGAUAUUUUGGUUCGGCAGACUUCAAAUGUGAAAAAUGUCCGUCUUAAUGCAUCACUUGCUCAGCAUUUAAUUAAUGUAACAGUUGUAAAAUUGGAUAUUACUUAUAUCAGAAAUAGUGUUUAGAUUCAUGUCCUGAUAAAUUAUUGUCAAAUCCAUUAACCAGUUAAUGUUCAUAAUCAUGUCCAGAUAAAACAUUCAUCUUUUAAAAUUCAUGCUUGUAUGAAUGUCCAACUGAUUAUUUCAAUGACACUGAAAGUUAUAAAUGCGUUUCAUCUUGUGGCAAGCAACAAUAUCUUCAUAAAAAUAGUUGUUAUCCUUGCUCUUUUGAAUGCGAUCAAUGCACAGCCUAUGGAAAUUAAAAUUGCGUAGUAUGUGCAACUAAUUACGUUUUAACUGAAGAUGGACAUUGCUUUGGAAAAUGCAAAGCUGGUUAUUAUUAAACAACAAAUUCAUGUGAGCAAUGCUUACAUAAAUGUCUAACUUGUUAGAAUGCCACUGAAUGUUUACAAUGCAGAGGUAAUAAUAGAAAUCAACUUGAUUGUUCAUGUCCAAAAGGAUAUUAUGAUGAUCCAUUCUAUGAUAAUUGUUAAAAAUGUCCAUGUGAGGAGUGUAUUUCUGAAUCGGAGUGUCUAGUAUGCAAAAAUAAUCUCUAAGUUCCAAACUGCUCGUGUAAUAGGAGACUUAACGACGAUUGGUGUAUUACUUGUCAAAUCGCAUCUGUCAAUAUAUAUUAUUCAGAUGAUCUAAAUUAAAUCAUCGUUUAUUUUGGAUAUCUGAUAUCUGUUAAUUUAAUUAACCCUUUCUAACCCUCAAGUUGUUCUUUUUGGUUUAAUGAUCCUGAAAUAUUCGGAGAAGACGCUUAAUGCUAUUUGUCAUGGGACAGAUAUGCAGUUCACAUCAUAUUAGAGCCUUACGCUUCUGUUAAUGUUGGAGAUUAAUUGAGUUUCUAAUAAUCCUUUUAUCGAGAUGUAAAUCAAGGUCUUUGUGAUGGAAUAUAUAUUGAUACAUUUAUUGAUAGUACUGUGAAGGGACCCUCAGCCUAAAGUAAACCUUAUGUGCUUUUUGAUGUACCGUCUGUUGUAAGUACUUGUAAGACUAUUGAAAUUAAACAAGUAUUACUUGAUGGAACGGCAAAGAAGAUUCAGUAAGUUUUAUCUUGGACUCUUAAAGAAAUGGAUAAUGACAACUAUUAUUUGUAAAUGGAUGCAUUCUUGGCAGAUCAAAAAAAUGAGUUCACCAUUCCUAUUGGUGCCUUAGCCUCUAAUGUUACUUAUACCAUUACAGCCAAGUAUAUUAAUUUCCUCAAAAGAGUGAAUUUUACAACAUUUACAUUCACAACACUACCAGACUUAGUUCCUUAUGUCUUUUUAUAAUAUAAUCCUUUGAUGGCUAGAGUCUAUGUUUUCGAUUGUUAAGUGACAUAUUCAGAUAUGAAAAAUGAAUUCAAUUUGGUCAUUCAAGUUUCUGAUUCAGAUAAUAAAACCUACAUUUCCAUACAGUAAGCCAUUAAUCCCAUUUAUGAUGUCCCAUUAAAUGAAUCUCUUUUACCUAAAGAAACAACGUUACUUUUUACGGCAUCAACAGGAAGCUCUGUCAUUCAUGAAAAGAUUUAUUUAAAAUCCAAAAAGAUUGACAUUUAAUUCCUUUAAAAGAAUAGAUUUAUUGGAUUAGAUAAUUAAAUUAAUGCAAGAGCUUUCGAUCGAAAUAUCUAAGAUGAAGUUUUAAGUACUUUAAAUAUUCAAUAUUAAUGGUAAUGUAAUAAUUUAUUCAAUUUAUAACCUUGUAAGACAGAAGAAAAUAAGAUUAUGGAAUUUCCAUCCAGAAGAAUUGCUGAUAUUCUUGCAGAUAGCUAAAAUACUACAUUCGUCUUCUUUGUUAAAGCAUCCAAAGACAAUAGGUGGACAGUAAAAGAGUAGUUAAUAGUUGUCACAGAUUUUGAAAUCGAGGAAGAAUUCGUUUUAAAUUAGGACGUCCCUAAAAACUCUGUAAAUCUUAAUGAUGAAAUAACUGUUUUGAUUAGAAAUAAUUAAAAAUACGCUUUCAUCAUGCAAGAAUUCAAAAUCUUGGCUUCAAUCAAAACUCCAAGCCAAACUUUAAAGUUUAGACUCUCAGGAUUAACAGCUAAUUACAAUAGUCCUGUGUACAUCUAUUUAGUGCCAGGCAUUGAAUCCAUAUCAUUUCAGCUAAACAGGCCACCUUCAGAAGUUUCCUUCAAUGUGGAUCCUCUUGUAGGUGAAACUUUAGAUUACUUUAACUAUUCAAUCCAAAACCUACAACCUGAAAAUACUGUCAGCAUUUAUUACUAUUUUGACAAACUUAUGUUGUAAAGUGACGUAAAUAUAUAAUCCAUUAAUAAUGGUUUCCCUUUGGUGAUUAGUUCACAAGAAUUAACAGGUUCCUUCUAACUUCCAAAUGGAAUUAUUGAUAAUGCAAUAUCUGUUCUUUGUUAAAUUGAAUCAGCAAAGGGAUCAAAGUCUUAUUUAGUAAAGGAAAUUUAAGUCAAUAGAAAAAAUUAUCAGAUUAGUAAAUUGUAUGAAUCCUUAAAUAAUCAAACUAAUUUUUCAAAUUUGCAGAGUAUUCACACUAUGACUAAACUAAUGGAAGUCGAAAAAUAAUAGGUCUGCUUGAAACAAUGUUCAGGUGUUGGUACAUGCGUUGACAAUAAAUGCAAAUGUCCUCCAGAAUAUUAUUUUGAUGAUUGCAGUGGAACCAAAGAAGAAUACAAGAAUUUUAAUAGCCUUAUUUCAAAUUCUUUGCAAGAAUUAAUUAAAAAUCCAAUAACAAAUGAUGAUGAGUUUAGAUUGUUUAGCUAAUCAUUAUUGUACUUAUCCACUCUUAAAGAUUUAAAUAAUACACUUACUAAUUUAGAUUGCUAAUAGAUAUUAGAAUAAUACAUUUAAAAUCUUAAUACAAGAUUAGAAAAAAUCAACCAAUACUCAAUUAAUCUUUAAUAUCAGUCAACUGCUUCUCUGAAUUACUCUCAAAUUGAUAUAAGAUCAUUGGAAAAUUAGAAUGAUUUGAGCACAGCUUUAAAGAGCACGGUAUUUAUGUGGGCUAAAACCUUGUUUACUUAAGACUCUGCUGUCUAUUAAUUGUAGAGUCGCUUAAAAAGCUUUUUGUCAGCCAUAAUAGAACUAUCUCUAUUCGGUAUUGAGCCUAAUGAAUCUAUCGAUUACUCUUUUGAUACUGCCUUUCUAAAAAUGUAGAGAAUUAAUAAUAUAUCCAACAUCACAAAAGGACGACUAUUAGUUGAAUCCACUGAAGACAAUUCCAGCAAUUCAGAAUACUACGACGUUGUUUAAGCUAUAUAUAUUCGUAAUUACUUUGCUUUUGAUGGUUAUUAUCCCUAUCCCUUCUAGUUAUAUCCACUUUACGAUUACUAAAUACGUCAAGAAAAUAGAAAAUAAAAUAUAUAAUUAAGCUCAUAUAUCUCAUACAAAUUCAAAGUGCUUAAUGACACUACAAACCUGGUUUGUUUAAUGAGAAACUCUUAAUCAUAUGAAUGGUCAAAUGAAAAUUGUACACUUUACGAAACGAAUACAUCCUAUUUUUGUAAUUGUACAAAUCUUGCUCCAACAACCAUUUGUAAUGAUUAUGAUUACCUUUUUUAAAAUUCUCCUAAGUUCUAACUGAAAAUUCCUAAUCUCUUAUAUAUUAUUUACUUUGUAUAAUUAUUUAUAUUAGGAAUAUUUUUCAUUAGGGCAAGGAGUUCUUAGUAUGAAAAAUCAGUAGAUAAUAAUAAGUUUGGUUAAGUUCUGAAAUUGGCAAAAAAUAAUAAAAUAGGAGUUUUCGGAAGUAAGAUUGUUCCAAUUGAUGAUGAAAAACAAGCUGUUCGUGAUGAGCCAAAAUAACAAUAAGCCUCAUAAUAACAGACAGAUAAGGACAAAUUUAGUUUUAAUAAUUUUUGGGUACUUAAUAUAUUUAUCAUAGAAAUAUCAUUUUUUAACUUCAAUGAUAUAUAAAAAAUUAUUUUACUUUAGCUCAUUUCAACGUUCUAUUUUAAUUUUAUUGAGGUGGAAUCAAGCUAUUAUUGUUGGAGAAGUCCUAAGUUAUUAUGGAUUCAAUUAUGAUAUUUCUAUGUGGAUCAUCUUGUCAUCAAUCAUUUUUAGCAGAAUUUUUGAAUACAUUUUCAAAGUAAUCAAUUAUUAAUAAUUUAGACUUAAGUUAAAUACUUUUUUUAUAUGAAAUAAGUAAUAGUUCUUAUUCUUACUAAACUAUUCCUAUUUUUAAUAAUGUUAGGCACAUUUUUAUUUGGAAUUUUCGUCUACUUAAUGAUCUAUAAUUAAACAAAUUUGGUAUUAAAUCCUAAUUAAUCAUUAGAUUAUUUCAUAUACUUUUGCCAUCUUAAUUGAUUUCCUAUUUUUGGACAUCAUCCUAUUUAGUGCCAAUAAAUUUUUUGGAUAAGAAAAGAAAAAAUUAAUUAGAAAAAAACUUAGAGAAUUCUAAUUUAUAGCUAAAGCUUAAAGCAUCAAUUGA